UCGGGGCCGGGCGGGCUGUGCGCAGCAUGUGAGCUGCGGCCCCAGCGCUCGGAGCGACCACCGCCGGCGCCGGGCGGCAGCAUGGGGCUCGCCCUGCUCCUGGGGCUGCUCCUCUCCCGAGCCGGAGACCUCCUGGCUCUGCCGAGGAGCGACUGCAUAGCAGCAGAACAGUUGUGCCUCUUGGACUCUACCUGCAAUGCCACCUACAGGAUCCUGGAAAACUGCGCCCUGGCUCAGACCCGCUUUCUUCCGCUGGAUCAUGAUAGUAGGGUCAGGUGUCUAAACGCAGAGCUAGACCUCGGAAACAGCUCUCUGCUGCACUGCAAGUGUCACCGGCGCAUGAAGAGACAGGAGCACUGCUUACGUGUUUUCUGGACCGUUCACUCCAGCAUGGCAGAUGGUUAUUUCAAUUUGGAGGCCUCUCCCUAUGAGAAUCCAGCAAAUGAAGAACACUGGAAGACAGAUUAUAAUAAACUGGCAGCUCUGUUAUCAGGCUCACAGUUAGCAGGAGAUGCAACAAAUCCAUGCCUGAAAGCAACUCAUGUGUGUAAUCUGAGCAAGAAGUGUGUUCGUCUGCGCACAGACUACGCCUCUAUCUGCACCAAAGGAGCGGGAAGCGAGGACAUGUGUGACCGUCGCAAAUGCCACAGAGGGCUAAGGAAUUUCUUUGAGAAAGUCCCUGAGGAUUUCACCAAAAGGAUCCUGUUCUGUCCAUGUCAAGAUGAACUUUGUGGAGAACGGCGCCGGAAGACUAUUGUCCCCGACUGUUCCUUCCAAUCUAACGUCAAACCCAAUUGCCUCUUGCUUCUGGACUCCUGCUUAGAAGACCAUAUCUGCAAAUCCCGACUGGCUGACUUCCAGCAAAAUUGUCAACCUGCAGAUAUGUCUCCAGAUGGUUGCUCUCAGCACAGCCACGCUGCAUGCCUGCAGGCUUACAUGGGCAUGAUUGGCACACCCAUGACACCUAACUAUGUCAGUAAUGCCAGCGUGGAGGUCUCCCUGUGGUGUACGUGUGAGAGCAGCGGCAACCAGAAGGAGAAGUGUGACCAGAUACUCGGCAUGUUUGAGAACAACAAAUGCCUUGAAAAUACCAUUUGGUCUCAAAUGCACCUGAAGCAGACAACUCUAGAGAGACAGGAAGACUUAUUUUAUUCAUCCUCCCUAAGCUUCCAAGGAGACAGUGCCAGCACAUCUCUGGCUUCAGAAAUGUCCCAGGUGGCUGAAGGGAAGACACAGCGAGACAUCUCCGAACACAGCAGUAUGCCUAUGGCCUCCUCUGUAUAUUCUGGAGCUGCUAUUUCUUGGCCGUCUCUGGCUCUGUUCCUGCCCCUGUUGUUGAGCCCGUGUUAACUUGGUGCAAAUGGCAUCUUUCCUUCCCAUAUUAUUAAUCUAAUUCCAUAUCCAGGCACCUCCCACUAAUGGCUUACCUUUGGGAAACAGAAGACUUCCCGAAAAGAUGAAUGGAACAGCCUUAACCCAGAAUGGCAGUCACCGAAAACCUCCCUGCAACUUGUGCCCCACUUUGCCCCAGUUGGUUUGCCCUGGGCUCUGCAGAUAUGGUACCCACCACUGCUUCCGCCAUGUCAGCAUUUUGAGUAAGCGUCAGGCUGAUAGUCCAGAACAAUAUUUUAAAACAAGGAUCCAAGUUCUGUCAGAACUUGUACAGGGUUCUGUUUCUGACUGCAGGGGGGGACCUGCCACAGUGUGUCCUACCACCCCAUGUUCUGGAACCCUUCCUCAGGCAUAUGCCUCAGCCUCAAUCAUUGAAUGGCUUGGGUUGGAGGGGACCUUUAAAGAUUGUCUACUCCAACCCCCCUGCCAUUGACAGGGACAUCUUUCACUAGACCAGGUUCCUCAAAGCCUCAUCCCACCUGACCUUCAACACUUAUAGGGUUGGGGCAUCCACAACUUCUCUGGGCAACCUGUUCCAGUGUCUCACCAGCCUCAGAGUAAAGAAUUUCUUCCUUAUGUCCAAUCUAAACCUACCCUCUUUCAGUUUAGACCCGUUGCUCCUUGUCCUGUCAUUACAGGCCCUGGUAAAAAGUCUCUCACUGUCUUUCUCACAAUCCCCCUUUAUAUAUAGAAAGGCCACAAUAAGGUCUCCCUGGAGCCUUCUCUUCUCCUGGCUGAACAAGCCCAACUGCCUCAGCCUUUCUUCAUAGGAGAGGUGUUCCAGCCCUCUCACCAUUUUCAUGACCCUCCUCUGGACCCUCUCCAUCAGGGCCAUGCCUGUCUUGUGCUGGGCACCCCAGGGCUGGAUGCAGGACUCCAGGUGGGGUGGGGUAGGGUAGAGGGGGAGAAUCACCUCCCUUGACCUGCUGACCACGCUUCUGUUUAUGUAGCCCAGGAUAUGGUACGGCUUUCUGGGCUGCAGGUGUGCAUUGCUGGCUCAUACCUAAUUUUUCAUCCAUCAGUAACCCCAAGUCCUUUUCCACAGGGAUGCUCUCAAUGCCUUCAUCCCUCUGUCUGUAUUGAUCUUAGGGAUUGUCCCAACCCAGGUGCACUUGGCCUGGUUGAACUUCAUGAGGGUCACAUGGGUCCACUCCUCAAGCCUAUCAAGACAUUGAGUACAACAUACCAUCCUGAAGUCUGGAAGUCCAUACUCCAGGGUGGGUUGCAAGUAAAGCUCAAUAAACAUACACAUAAAGUUCCUGGUAAACACCAGUUCUGGAUUACUUUCAGUUCCCUUUUCAAAUCCAUUCUUGCAUGUAUAUGAAAAAUAACCAUCCCAGAUCAAGGCCACGAUACUACAAUGUAUAUAUUCUUGUUUCUUUCUGUUUUGCCCCUUGCAAAAUAGGUAGAUACAAAUAUCAUCCAUUAUCGUGGCUAGCAACAGACUUGGGUUUUGUGGGUUAAGAUGGAUUUCUGUGCUCAACCCCAGUAAAUUUGGUCUUAUCAAGCAAAGGAUAACCUUGCCUGGCCGCAGGAGGAACCUUCUAAGUGAUGCUUAGAGAAUGCAUAUAGCUCAUUGAAGCUGUAUUGACCACAAAACCACUGGGAUAGUCAGUUGCACAAAUCUCUGGGAGCUGCAACUACCUUGUACCUCUCCACAUAUUCAGGUUGUCAUUGUCCCCUUCCACCCUGCCUGCCCAAUCUCUUCUGCCAAGCUCUAUUUCAUGACCUUUUUAUUCUGAAUUUAAAUGUGUGCACUGUGUAACUGCUGUUAUUUUGUACUGCCUUUGCCUGUUAAAAUGUGGUGUUAAGUGAAUAUCGAUUUCUGAGCACAGGUUAAUAGUCUACAAUCAAUUGUGUGCAAGUGUUGCCUCAUCAGCCAUCCUACGCUUUCAGGAUAGCUAGAAACUCAGCUCAAAACAGCUCCUCCAUGCAUAGAACAGGUGGGUAUUUCUUUUUACCCUGUGCUUUAUCCAUUGCCAGGGAAGCACCAGCUAGGUCAUAUGCUGUGGCUCCCAGUCACUGUCAGACACCUUAUUACAGAAUCUCACAUAGUCAUGUGUAUUAGGGUAACUGUCCUUCUGCAGUGGUAAUAUUUCCAUUUCAAACUCCAGCCUUCUCUUUACUUCCUGGGCAGGUAGGGCAGGGAAAUCGCUGCAUGGAGCAGAACCAUCUCCUCUGUCACACAGAGAAGCAACAUCUUAUUUCCAUGCAGUAGGAACAAAUAUAAUGUCUUUUUAAUAAAGGGGAGUAUGAAUGCCGGUAUUUCCGAUUACCUACUGAAAUACGGCUACUUGGAUCAAGAGACGGCACUGUUCCCAUAUGUUUGCUACCAUUCUUUAAUGAAAGCAGAGUCCAUGUUACUAUAUUCUAAUAUCUAUAUUCAACCAUCAUCCUUCAUAUGGUGGGACUAGAAACAUGUCAGACUCUUGACUGUAGUGUAACAGCACCUCUCCAGAAUUCAGUGGAGAGUGACAGGGAAGAAAAAAAUGUUGUUCUUUCCCAUAUUCCACAAAUCAGUGAGGAUAUUUGUGAGAAAAUGGAGCAGGUUUCCCUGAGCGGGCUAUACCACACACACACUGUACUGCAUUCCUCUUCCACCCAUCUGCACUGCAAUCCUUCUUCUUUCCCCACUUCAGUGCUCUAAGACAGGUUGAUAUGGAAAAAGGUAUUAGAAUUUUGUGGUUCAUAUUCAGGGCACAGUAGACCUUUAGCCCCUUACCCCUACUAACAAGGUUAUUGAUUGCGAUUGCAGCCUCCUGUCAUGUCCUGGAUUACACAGGAAAAUGCCUGACAGUCUGAAAAAUCCAGCUCUAGACUGAAAUUAAAGCAAAACAUCUCAGUUUGGGUUUUUCUCCAAGUGUCUUCUGUCCCUUUUGCAUGUACAUACGCACCUUUAAUACAUGGCUGCCUCUCAGGCUUGUGCAUCAAUAACUGCAAACAAAAUUCACCUCUAAAUACACCUGCAUUGACAGGCACUCACACUGCCAUGUGUACAAACCCAUUUUCACCUAGCCUUUUGUAACGCUUGGUCUCCAAGUAUCACAGUUAUUCAACUGCACAGCAUACAGGCACACAUAAGUGUAAUUAUGCUAGAAAUGUUAUGCUACUAUCAGUAUCAGUUCAGUUCUGUUAGCACCACCGAUGUUCGAAGACUGGCACAGUUAUGUAAACCCAUUCAGAACAGUUUUAACUAACCAAAUUGCAGAUCAAUUUACAAGAAACCCUCAGCUUCUAUUCCCCAGAAACUAGAACAUAAAAUCCCAUGAGUACCUUUGGUCUAAAUACAAAAAUGUAUCUAAUAAAAAUUCUCUAUCCCAACAGUCUUAUGAUUGAGCUCUCAGCAAGCAUAUACAAGGAGAGAACCUUCUGAUUGUUGUAAUGUAGAUUAUUUUUAAAAGUGUAAGAUAAUGCCAAAUCUCUCUAAUAAAAUUUAUCU